AUUUUUCUGACAAAUAUAGAACGUUUGACGAACUCGUGUGUAACGGUACCAGGGGAUGUGCUGAUUGUAACAGCAUUUUUAUCAUAUAUGGGUUCUUUCACUCGAAAAUAUAGAUCUGACUUAAUGUACGAAAAUUGGUUACCGUUCCUGGAAAAUUUGGAAGUAAAAAUACCGAGGACUACUGAAUUGGAUGUACUGGCUUUAUUGACAGACGAUGCACAAAUUGCACAAUGGAACAACGAAGGUUUACCUACAGACAAAAUGUCCUCGGAAAAUGCAACAAUUUUAAUGAAUUCAACGAGAUGGCCUCUAAUGAUAGAUCCACAAUUACAAGGAUUAAAAUGGAUUAAAAAUCGAUAUGGUGAAGAUUUGCAAGUGCUGAGACUUACUCAACCGAAUUAUUUAUAUUUAAUUGAAAUUUCCAUUGCGAAUGGAGGAAUUGUUUUAAUUGAAAAUAUCAUGGAAACCAUCGACCCCAUUUUAGAUCCUGUUAUAAAGAGAGAUCUAAUAAAAAAAGGAAGGUACUUGCCUAUAUAUAUUAUUAUUGUAACAUAAAUUCAUAUUAGAUAAAAUUGCUGUUUAGAACCUUUAAUGAUUCUGACCUUCAUACAUAUAUGCUAUCAAGGUCACCGUUCUGAGUGACCAUUAAAAAAUUUUAGCUAUCGCUUGUUAUUCGUUAAAAAGUUAUUAAUAUAAUCAUACUAAAAUUUAUUUAAAAUAAGUCAUAUUUAACUAUUCAUUAUUACACAUUUUCUGAUAAAGUCCAAAGAAAUAUGUUGUUAAACAGCAAACAUGACCCGUUGUAAUGUGAGAAAAUUUGACAUUGUUCAUCACUGGGUCAAC